AUGGAGCCUGUAGAGACCUGGACCCCCGGGAAGGUGGCGGCCUGGCUGCGAGGCCUCGAUGAUUGCCUGCAGGAUUACUGCUUUGAGGACUGGAAACUGCCUGGCAAGUACCUGCUGCAGCUCUGCCCCCGCAGCCUUGAGGCUCUGGCCGUGCGCCCCGUGGGCCACCAGGAGCUCAUCCUGGAAGGGGUGGAACAGCUCCGGGCCCUGAGUUCUGGGCUACAGACAGAGAACCUGCAGAGCCUGACCGAGAGGCUGCUGGACGGGACCGGUGUCUUCCAGAGCUCAGUCCGAGGCCGCCUGGGGGGCUGCGCCGAGCCCCCUGCUUAUGUCCUCAGCGCGGCUGUGGAGCUGGUGCGUGAGGCCCGGACCCUCCUCUUCUGGCUCAACAGGUACCUCUUCACCCACUUGAAUGACUUCUCGGCCUGCCAGGAGAUUGGGGAGCUGUGCCGGAAGCUGGGCCUGGCCUUGCAGGAGGACUGCCCGGCAGCGGAGAGGGAGAGCCAAGUCCUGAGGAUCUGCAGCCACAUGACCGGGAUCUGCCACAGCAUUCUGAGCUGCAGCCCCCAGGAGCUUCUGGAGCAGAGGGCCGUGCUGGAACACGUGCAGCUGGAUGAUCCUCUGGGCCUGGAAAUCCACACCACCAGCAACUGCCUGCACUUCGUGUCCCAGGUGGGCACCCAGGUUCCUCCCAACUCGCGGCUGCAGAUCCUGCCUGGAGAUGAGAUUGUCCAGGUCAACGAGCAGGUGGUGGUGGGCUGGCCCCAUAAGAAUGUGGUGAGGGAGCUGUUUCGGGAACCAGCCAAGGUCAGCUUAGUGCUGAAGAAGGUUCCGGUGCCAGAGACACCUCCACAGUCCCCUCCGCAGGCCCUGGGCUCCCCACAGCCGAGAGUCCCAUCGCUGGCUCUGGGCCCACUGUCUCCCAGGGCCACAUCUGAAGACAUCUUUCCCUUCAGCCUGACUUCAAACCCAAGCCCUGGGUCCAGCCCUGCCUCAACAGACUCUGCCUCUCUUGACCCUGAGCCCCUGCCCGUCACCCCUGCACCCCCAGCCACACUCCCAACAGGGGGAGCAGAGACUCCUGAACCCCUAGAAGACAAGAGUCCUGUCCAUGAUCGGAAGAAAUCGAAAGGCGUGGCGACGCGGCUGAGCCGCCGGCGGGUGUCCUGCCGGGAGCUGGGCCAGCCAGACUGCGACGGCUGGCUGCUGCUGCGCAAGGUGCCCGGGGGCUUCAUGGGCCCCCGCUGGCGCCGCUGCUGGUUUGUGCUCAAGAGACACAAGCUCUACUGGUACCGCCAGCCCCAGGAUGAGAAGGCUGAAGGCCUCAUCAAUGUCUCCAACUACAGUCUGGAAAGUGGGCAUGAUCAGAAGAAAAAAUAUGUGUUCCAGCUCACCCAUGACGUGUACAAACCCUUCAUCUUCGCUACCGAUACCCUGGCGGACCUGAGCAUGUGGGUGCGCCACCUCAUCACCUGCAUUUCCAAGUACCAGUCUCCAGGCCAGGCCGCCCCGCCCCGAGAGGAAGACUGCUACAGCGAAACAGAAGUGGAAGACCUUGACGAUGAGGCUGGGUCCCGCUCAGCCUCGCCCAGCCAGGGCCACGCUGGGAGUCCCCCCCGGGGAGACGCAUCCCCUGCAGCCACCCCCAUGCAGGGCAGCCCACGGACCUCCUUUGGCCUCCCAACAGACAGCAGCGAGGGGACAUUGGAAGGAAUGGUGCGGGGGCUGAGGCAGGGCGGCGUGUCCCUCCUGGGCCAGCCGCAGCCCCUCACCCAUGAACAAUGGCGGAGCUCUUUCAUGCGGCGCAACCGAGAUCCCCAGCUCAACGAGCGAGCGCACCGUGUGCGGGCCCUGCAGAGCACGCUCAAGGCCAAGCUGCAGGAGCUGCAGGCCCUGGAAGAAGUGCUGGGCGACCCUGAGCUGACGGGAGAGAAGUUCCGACGGUGGAAAGAGCAGAACCAGGAGCUCUACUCAGAGGGCCUGGGGGCCUGGGGAGUGGAGCAGGCUGAGAGCAGCCCCCAGGUCCAGACCUCUGUCUCCAAAGAACAUUCUGCCCGCCCCCCGUCCUCUGACUCCGAGGAACACUCCCAUCUUUGCCACCUGACCCGAGAGAACAACCUCUGA